AUGCGCUUCAACACAGCCAUUGCCGCCAUGAUGGAGUUUGUCAACGGCGUCUACAAGUGGGACACCCGCCCCCGCGCGGCCCUGGAGCCCUUCGUGCUGCUGCUCUCGCCCUACGCGCCCCACAUAGCGGAGGAGCUCUGGCAGCGGCUCGGCGGCAGGCAGCAGCAGCAGGAGCAGGAGCAGCAGCAGCAGCAGCGGCGGGGCAGUUUGGCGUACGAGCCGUGGCCGCAGCACGACGAGGCGCUGCUGGUGGUGGACACAGUGAAGCUGCCCGUCCAGGUCAACGGCAAGAUGCGGGGCACUGUAGAGGUCGGGGUGGACGCGCCCGAGGCCGACGCGCUGGCGGCGGGGCUGGAGCUCAACACGGUCCGCAAGUUCACCGACGGCAAGGAGAUCAAGAAGGUGAUCUACGUGGCCGGCAAGAUCCUCAACGUGAUCGUCGGGAAGUAG